AGUAUACGAGUUUCUAGUUUCUUUUUUAUUAUACACAAAGAAUGAUUGAUUUUUCUAAUUUAUAUAUACAUAUGUCUUUAUUAUAACAGAUAAUAUUUGAGAAAAUUGCUAAAAUGGGUGACUCUCUCCGACGAGAAGUAAAUUAUUAAUGGAUUUAUUACAUGUAUUGCAAGUGUUUAAGAAACUUCAUAGAACACGUUUGAGAAAGUUUGAGGGUGAUAAACAUGCAUUGCAAGUUGUAAGAAACAAGAUAAACGAAGAAUAUAGAAAAUACAAAAAUAUAACAAACAGUGCAGCCAUUGAAGAGUUAAAUAGAUUUGCACAGGAAAUUGAACAUGAAGUGCGUACAACUGUUAUUCAAACUGUUGAAACAGCUCCUGGAAGAAUAGAACUGCAAUUGACUCCAGAUGUCCUAUUGGAUAAUGUGCCAUACAAAGACCAAGAAGAUAAGUCAAACAAGAAAGAGAUCCAAGGGAGUUUAAGUGACACAUCUAAAAUAUCGAAAGAUAUCAAGUGAUGAAAAUUAAAAGCAACUUAUAGAUUAAUAUUUAAUUAACUUAUAGGUAAAUAACUUAUAGAUAAAUAUUUAAUUAUUUGAAAUUGUAAUAUUUGUAAAUAUCACAUUAGUUACAUACUAUGUAUAUGUGUGUAUAUGUUAAAUAUAUAAAGGUAAAAUAUGCAUUAUUACAUUAUUAACUGUGAUUAAAGAACAUCAUUAACUGUGAUAAAAGAAUAACUAAGUUUAUAAUUAAAAUAACUUUUAUUUAUUUACAGCAAUAAAUUACAAUGGCUGUGCAAGAUA